CCGGCAACUUAUUGGUCAUUCCUUGUAUUUUUAUAACGUGAAAAGUGUAACUUUGUUAAUAACUUUUUCCAGAUAGACUUAAUUGAAACUAUAUAAUUGCUACAUGAUAAUAAAUUUUUAUUUAGUUUGUUUUAUUAAACCUUUAUACGUCUGUGUGUAUCUUAAAUAGGCAUUUGGAGCUGUAGAAUCAAUGUCAGAUCGAAUUUGUAUUAAAAGUGGAGGAAAAUUGCAAGUUGAACUUUCAGCUGAAGAUCUACUGACUUGUUGUCAUUCUUGUGGAAAUGGUUGUGAUGGAGGCCUUCCAGCUGCUGCUUGGGAGUAUUGGGUAUCUGAUGGAAUAGUAACUGGAGGAUUAUACAAUAGUAAUGAAGGUUGUCAACCAUAUCAAAUUCCUUCUUGCGAGCAUCAUAAUAAAAAAGGUCCACUUCCACCAUGUUCAGGAGAAGGUCCAACUCCUCCCUGCGUUCGGUCCUGCCGUAAAGGAUACAAUGUUACUUAUAAUCAAGAUAAAUAUUAUGGUAAAUCUUCAUACAGUAUUUCGAUCGACGUGAAACAAAUUCAAACUGAAAUUAUGAAAAAUGGACCCGUAGAAGCAGAUUUUACAGUUUAUGCCGAUUUUGUAUCUUACAAAUCAGGUGUUUAUCAGCAUCAUAGUGGCGAUGUACUUGGCGGUCACGCCAUUAGAAUUUUAGGUUGGGGAGUGGAAAAUGGUGUUCCUUAUUGGCUUGUAGCAAAUUCCUGGAACCCUGAUUGGGGCGAUAAAGGUUACUUCAAAAUUAUUCGUGGACAGAACGAAUGCGGAAUUGAAAGUGAUAUUAACGCUGGACUUCCUAAACUGUUGCCGUUCUUCUAUUGUAAACAUAUCAAAAAUUCGACUGUUGUAAGUUAAUACAGGAUAAUGGCG